AUGUCCUCCUCGCCCUCUGCUGUUUCUUGUUGUGCACGUUUCAUCACCGAUCCUUGGGCUGCAGCUAAAGUAUUAGUCCCCUCGGUAGCCAUUGAAGUCGUUUUACAUAACAAAGUAUGGCAAAAAUGCUCAUUGCGCCAUCUCACCUUAUACUUGGCGUUGAUCAACACGUAUUGGUUCGCUUCCACCAUCAACCUAAGCUUCUUGGAAUCGCCUCUCAUCAUGCAUAUCCCAACGAUGGAUGAGAAACAAAAGACAGAAUGCGGUCGUUAUCGCUUCAACUGGCUUAACAAGUUUGAAAUUAUGCUUGGUGUGUUGAGUUUGGAUUUAUUCUGCGUAUGGCGCGAACGCAUUCUGGACAAUAACGGAUUCGUCGACAGAUGUUUGUAUCAAGCCGUGCUUGUCCCCGCUCUUAUUACUGGAGCCCAAGCAGCCUACUUGCUUCCCAAGCUUAACGAACGCGCACAGCUCGUCAGCAAAGGUGCCGCUACUACUGAUGAUUUAUAUAAGGACAAGGUGUUCCCCAAGGCCCACCGAGCUUACAUCGGUUUCGAGACCGCCAAGGUCGUGGGUUUAGCUGUGGCUGGCCUUCGUUUCGGAAGAAUGCUGACCAUCUAA